AUGAGUAGACACUUUAGUUCCCGGUCUGGAUACCGGAGUGGAGGAGGCUUCAGCUCUGGCUCUGCUGGAAUAGUCAGCUUCCAGCUCAGGACCACCAGCAGCUGCUCACGCCGCAGUGGAGGAGGUGGUGGGAGAUAUUCAGGUGGAGGCUAUUCUGGUCGGGGCGCUGGUGGUGGCUUUGGAAGUCAGAGUCUUGUUAACCUUGGAGGCUGUAAAAGUAUCUCCAUGAGUGUGGCCAGAGGAGGUACAAGUGGUGGUGGCUAUCGCAGUGGUGGCUAUGGUGGUGGUAGCUUUGGUGGUGGUUUUGGCAGUGGAGGUGGUUUUGGCAGUGGAGGUGGUUUUGGCAGUGGUGGUGGUUUUGGUGGAGGUGGUUUUGGAAGUGGAGGUGGUUUUGGUAGCGGAGGUGGUUUUGGUGGAGGUGGUUUUGGGGGUGGUGGCUUUGGAGGUGGAGGAUAUGGAGGUGGUAUGGGGCCUGUCUGCCCCCCUGGUGGCAUACAGGAAGUCACCAUCAACCAGAGCCUUCUGCAACCCCUCAACGUGGAGGUGGACCCUGAAAUCCAAAAAGUAAAGUCUCAAGAAAGGGAACAAAUCAAGACACUCAACAACCAGUUUGCCUCCUUCAUUGACAGGGUGAGGUUCCUGGAGCAGCAGAACCAGGUACUGCAAACAAAAUGGGAACUGCUGCAGCAGGUAGACACGUCCACUAAAACCCACAAUCUAGAACCCUAUUUUGAAGCCUACAUCAGCAACCUCAGAAGGAUGUUGGAUCAACAGAAGAAUGAGCAGUCUCGGAUGGAUACAGAACUGAAGAACAUGCAAGACCUAGUGGAGGAUUACCGGAACAAAUAUGAGGAUGAGAUUAACAAGCGGACAAAUGCAGAAAAUGAAUUUGUGACCAUCAAGAAGGAUGUGGAUGCUGCUUAUAUGAGCAAGAUGGACCUUGAAGGCAAAGUUGCCAACAUCCAGAGGGACAUUGAAUUUUUUACCACCAUCUUCCAAGUGGAGUUGUCUCAGAUGCAGACUCAAAUCAGUGAAACCAAUGUUAUCCUCUCCAUGGACAACAACCGCAGCCUGGACCUGGACAGCAUCAUUGCUGAGGUCAAGGCCCAGUAUGAGACCAUUGCCCAGAAGAGCAAGGAAGAGGCUGAGGCCUUGUACCAGCACAAGUAUGAAGAGCUGCAAGUCACCGCUGGCAAACAUGGAGACAGUGUGAAAAAUUCAAAGAUGGAGAUCUCGGAUUUGAAUCGGGUGAUCCAGAGACUUAGGUCUGAAAUCGAGAGCGUCAAGAAGAUGAUUGCCAAUAUACAGCAGGCCAUCAGUGAGGCUGAGCAGCGUGGUGAGAAUGCCCUCAAAGAUGCCCAGAACAAGCUGAAUGAUCUGGAGGAGGCCCUGCAGCAGGCCAAGGAGGACCUGGCCCGCCUGCUGCGGGACUACCAGGAGCUGAUGAAUGUCAAGCUGGCCCUGGACAUGGAGAUCGCCACCUACAGGACCCUCCUGGAAGGAGAGGAAAGCAGGAUGUCUGGAGAGUGUACCCCGAACGUGAGUGUGUCUGUGAGCACCAGCCACACCACCGUCAGUGGAGGUGGUGGCAGAGGAGGUGGAGGUUUCGGCUCCGGUGGUGGUGGAGGCAGCUACGGCUCUGGAGGUGGCAGCUAUGGCUCCGGAGGCGGCAGCUACGGUUCCGGAGGUGGUCGUAGUGGAGGCGGCGGCGGCGGUAGCAGCUACGGCUCCGUUUCCGGAGGCAGCAGUGGGGGCCACAGAGGUGGCUCUGGAGGAGGCGGGGGGAGCUCUGGCGGUCGAGGUUCUGGUGGCGGGAGCUCCGGAGGUAGCUUUGGCUCCUCAGGCGGUCGAGGAUCCAGCUCUGGGGGCACCAAGACCACUGGUGGAGUUUCCACCGUGAAGUUUACUUCCACUAGUUAUUCCACUAGUUAG